CAAUUAAUGUUGCGUGUUUUGGGGAUGUGGGAGGAAACUGGAGUGCCCGGAGGAAACUCACUCAGGCAUGGGGAGAAGAUGGAAACGCCACACAGCCGGGUCCGGGAUUGAAUCCGGGACCUCAGAACUGUGAGGCCAACCCUUUAGCAGCUGAUCCAACACGCCGCCAUAAAAUAUCCAAUGUAUUUUUUUUUAUAUAUUUAGAACCAUCCAAAUUCCAGUUAAUUUGAAAACAAAAUUUGAAUCCAGAUUUUUCCUUUUUGAGUUUGAAGGGUAGAAAAAAUGGGAAUGAAGGAAAAUGUGAUCAUAACCAUAGAUGUAUAAAGUGCAAUUUUCUCUGCCUUGGCUACUAAAUAUAAUAUUGCAAACAAGAAAAAAAAAAAGGGGGGUGGAGCAAUUGUGUUCUGCUUUGGCGAUUUUGUGUACUUCAGUCAGUCGGAAUGAUGUAUUUGUACUCAUUCGUUUAUGAACAUUAUGCAUGUCAACGUCUGCGUGUAUACUCCUUGAAUAGUCCACACUUUGCUCAUUAUACUGCACCGCUGAGCGCAUCUGCUCGAGGCAAAACCUGAGGAACCGUCCGUAGGGCGUGUAAUCCAACCCCCUCACCUCUGUCUACGCAGCCCGAUUAAAGGACUAACAAAGGCUUUAACCCAUUUCAUACACACAGGAGCCCCUCGGUGGCAAAGUAUGUGUGAGGCAGGGUUAUGAAAAUCCUUUGUAGAGUGGAAUUAAUUCAACACAGAGCAUCAGAGAUGAGGGGAGGCGGAGGGUUGGGGGGCGGCCUGGAGAAAGUGACGGCGGGCUUGUAAAUAAAUCUCUUGACAGCCGCUCUCAAAGCGGUCAGUGGGCGAGUGGGUGGGGAAGGCGUUUCAUGCGGGGAGAUCAGAGGUAAACCAUCAUGUGAUUGGACUUCCUGCUGUCAACAAUUUCUAAUAACAUAACAGCUCGUGUGCCACUGCUGUAAUUUGCACUUAAGAAUAAAAGACGAGGUCAGGAGAAGGAAAAAAGAUGAAAAUGGCCAUUUUUACUGCUCUCGUAUUUGGUGUCGGAGUGUCGGAGUCCCCAAAACAGACGGCUACUGUAGUACCACAACUGACCUGUGUGAAGCAGUAUAGAAACGCGAAAAGGGUAGUAGAAGUAAUGGGAGAACAUAUAAGCCAACCGUUAGUUUUCCCCAUUGAUCUAAAAAAAAAAAAAAUAAAAUGAAAAAAAAAUGGGUGGCUCAUUGGUCACCAAAACUGAAGUCGCCAUCCGCCAUCUUGAUACUCCCAAAACAACCAUGCCGACCUGCGCAGCGUUACUCACCAGUUUCGCGGCUGUGAGAAAACAUUCCACAGGUGUGAGUGAAGAUGGCAGAGGGCUCCAAAGAGCGCGUUGGCGUGGACAUCGCAGAUCCAGAUGAGGACUCUCCAAACAUGAUCGUCUACAGAAAGAUUGAGGACAUUGUCACAAGAAUACAAGAUGAGAACGCGGGAGGUGUCGCCAUACGGACUGUCAAAAGCUUCCUGUCCAAGAUCCCCAGCGUGGUAUCAGGGGCGGACAUUGUUCAGUGGCUUAUGAAAAACCUCUCUAUAGACGAUCCAGCUGAGGCCAUCCACUUGGGAAGUCUGAUCGCCGCUCACGGCUACAUCUUCCCAAUCUCUGACCACGUCCUCGCGCUCAAAGACGACGGCACUCUUUACCGCUUUCAGUCUCCAUACUUCUGGCCUUCAAACUGCUGGGAGCCUGAGAACACAGACUACGCCAUCUACCUGUGCAAGCGCACCAUGCAGAACAAGGCCAGGCUGGAGCUAGCCGACUAUGAGGCUGAGAAUCUCGCCCGGCUGCAGAGGGCCUUCGCCAGGAAGUGGGAGUUCAUCUUCAUGCAGGCUGAAGCUCAAGUAAAAAUCGACAGAAAGAAGGACAAGGCGGACAGGAAGGUCCUGGAUAGCCAAGAGAGGGCCUUCUGGGAUGUCCAUCGACCAGUGCCAGGCUGCGUCAACACGACUGAAAUGGACAUCCGCAAGUGUCGCAGAGAGAAGAACCCGCACAGGGUGAAAAAGUCAGUUUACGGGGUGCCAGAGGACAGCCAGAGCCAGCAGAGUCCAGUCCAGAUCAGCUCUCCUCCGGCCAGAAAGCUCACCCAAGAGGAUAUUGAGAAGGAGAUCACCUUCCUCAACAUCCAGCUGGGCCGACACUGCAUGAAGGUUUCCAAAGUGGCCGACAGCCUUAUGGGCUACACGGAGCAGUUUACGGAGUACGACCCACUGAUGUCUGCUAUCGAGCCCUCCAACCCUUGGAUCAGCGAUGACACCGCCUUCUGGGACGUUGGGGCAAGUCACGACCCGACCCAGCAGAGAGUGAAGAAGUGGGGCUUUUCUCUGGAGGAAACGCUCAAGGACCCAGCUGGAAGAGACCAGUUCUUGAAGUUCCUGGAGUCCGAGUUCAGCUCGGAGAAUUUACGGUUUUGGUUGGCAGUUCAGGAUUUGAAGCGUCAGCCCCUGCAGGACGUGCCCUCCAGGGUGCAAGAGAUCUGGCAGGAGUUUCUAGCGGAGGGAGCGCCGAGCUCCGUCAACCUGGACUCUCACAGCUACGAGCGCGCCAGCCAAAACCUGAAAGACCCCGGGCGCUACAGCUUUGAGGAUGCUCAGGAUCACAUAUUCACACUCAUGAAAAGUGACAGCUAUGCACGCUUUUUGCGCUCCGGCAUCUACCAAGAUCUUCUGUUUGCCAGGAAGAAGCAACAACCUGCAGACCCCGAACAAGGCCGCCGCACCUCCUUGGAGAAGUUCACUCGCAGUGUGGGCAAGUCACUGACAGGCAAACGUCUAUCAGGCCUGAUGCAGUCGUCCUGACGCACUUCUGUUCGGGGGCGAGCAGCGAGCCCACCAGAGAGGGGCGACCCCAAGGAACAGGGCUGGUCGUCGGCGCACAACCGGCACCGUUCUGCUCACGUGCCACUGAGCCUUGCUGGGAUCUGAACUCCAAGACCAGACGUGGUGAUGGGAAGUGAGUGCUGACCGGGGGGGAAGAAACAUGUUGACGCAGCCUCCUGUAACACAAUGGGUUGAUUGUUGGAUAAGCUAAUACAUUUAUAUUUUAUAUUAAUGUAUACUGUGUAUGUCUCAUUAAAAGCACAUUUGGAA